AUGCCUUCCUCCACCAGGACAGUAUUCUCCUUGAUCAUCAUCAACAAGGCCGGUGGUCUAAUCUACCAGCGCGAGUACCAGGCCGGUCUGCGCAGCCUCUCUACCAAUGACUACCUCGUCCUCGCUGGUACCUUUCACGGUGUCCAUGCCAUCACUCGCUCUAUAACCCCCAAGCUCCCUCUCGCCCAGACCUCCCCCGCCAUCACAUCGCCCGGCGGCAAUGCGCCCGUGGGCUUCACCUAUCCCAACCCCGGCGUCCCGGCAUCAGGCCUGGAACAUCUCGAGACUGAAAAGUUCCGGUUGACCUGCUUCCAGACCUUGACGGGAACCAAGUUCCUGCUCUUCACGGACCCUAUGACCGGCAAUGUGGACACGAUCAUGAACAAGAUCUACGAGCUAUACGCCGACUACGUGAUGAAGAACCCCUUCUACCAGCUGGAGAUGCCCGUGCGGUGUGAGGCGUUUGAUCGGCACUUGGGCGCUUGGUUGCGAGGGAGGACAUGA